AUGAAGCAAAUCAUGGCUUGGCUGUUUUGCAGCCUGGCCUGUCUCAUGGUUUCGACCUACAAGUUGAGCACAGAACCUCCGAAUGUCGCGACUAUCACGGAUGACCAGGAAUGGGUGGAUGAUGUACCAGAUGACAACAUCGAGCGCCAGUAUGGACCUCAUGCAGAUCUGUCCCUGGCUUUGUCGAUGACCAUCAUGAAUCUGUCCACGUUUUCCGGGCAGAUCAAUUCCAGGGACAGGCCGCAGUCCCCGAACAGUACCCACCGCUUUGGCGUAGAUCCACACGCUGAUAAGUUGAUGCUUUAUGACAAGGUGAAGGGCUUCUACAGCGUGCUGCACGAGGUCAUCGGCGAGAACGCUUCGCUGUACUGCCCGUGGAAUGCGGAGCGGUACAUUGCUGAGUGCAUCGACAUUGCUGUAUGCCUCGUCCAGCGUGAUGUGCCCGCAUACAUGUCGCAAGAAGCAUAUGCCUCGAUUCUGGAGCAGGUGACACGGUUCCCGAUCAUCUGGGAAGCGAUCAGGUAUGGUCUGGCAUCGGAGGAUUCGACAGAGAUCUCCGGCCCAGACUUCGAUAUGCCAGCAGAUAUGGUCUGUGACGAGAACGACCAUUCUCAUGACCAUCCUGCUCUUCUCCAAGGCAGUGUGUCGCAGACGUUCGCUUUGUCCACGGCCAUGCACAAUGCAGCACGCUCCACACACAAGAUCCUUGCCGAGCAUGGUGCAAACGCUUCACUGAAUCGCACAAUCCAGCGUUUUGAGGAAGCCUGGCACCCUGUCUGCCAUUUGCUUGGUUGCGACCAUUCCAACUUCCUGGACAUCUACUUGGCAUCGCAUAGCCACACCAUGGCGUUGAUGUCAGAGGCUUCCGUGUCUCACCUGCAUUCUCAUAUCCGAGGCCGGCAGAAACUGCACCUCGCUAUGGCCCGGUUCACACAGGAGCACGGCGCAGCCUUCGCAGACAGGGUGUACAGGAGCGGUACUCAGGCCAAAUCAGAGGAAGCCUUCCGCCGGUACGGCCAUGUCACUCGCGAAGCCGUGCGGGACCAUCUCCUCCCAAUGACCGUUGCGAUGAACAACAAGACGAAGGCUCUCCGACUUGUGGACCAGGUCGAGUUCGCCAAGUUCUAUGCGGCCUGGAAAGAGAGUCACGGCAACGAGACCGGCAAAGAAGUGGCGCCUUGGCUGAGCGGAUUUUCGGAGCUUCAAACAGUUAUGCGAUCGAGAGGUUUCGAGCUUUUAACAGUUAUAAGGCCUUUCGAAGUGUGUUGGAAGCGUUUUGAAUGUAGAGAUGUUGAGAUGUUGCUCGUCUGCAUUCCUCCUGAGCCCCAAAGUGUCGCUGGACCCUGCUUAUGCUUGGGCCUCCCUUCCACAGAAGUCGCAUGCACACGUGGGCGAGUUGAGGGGGCGAAACCCUGGGCACUCUGA